UUUUAAAUUAUAAGUUUCGAUAAUCUAAUAUUAUCUGUUUGAAUUUUGAUAUAGCUUAUAGCUAUAUGGAGGUAUCUUAUGGAGCAGGAGGAGCAAGUCGAGAAGACCAAUGAUGAGGAGCGUGCUGGUUGGGAGGCAAGGGAGAAAAAGCUAAAGGCUCAAUUGGAGGCUGCGGAAUCCAAACUAGAGGUGGCCGAGACUCUGCUCAUUCAGAGGACCGAUGAAUUGGAGAUUAGUAGGAGCGAGACCGAGGCGAGUAAAAUUGAACUGAUGAAACUAGAUCGGUGCUAUGACGAGCUGAAGGAGAAGUAUGAUGCCGAGAAGUUUACGGGGAAGAGGUUUUUGGCUUCUUCGGCUGGAGCAGCUUACAAGGAAUCGGUUAUGUUAGAAGGGGAACGUCGCUUUCAGAAGAGUGAUAUCUGUCGAGCUAUGAUUGAAGAUCGAGCAAUAGCUGGGGUUUAUGCUCCUUUGGUUAGGACGUGUCGUCAGUACUUACGCAAGGUUGGAGGAAUUGACGAGAAGAUUAUUCGAGGUAUGGAGGAGGACAUUCCUGAUGAUGGGGAGGAUAUUGAUGUCGAGUGUACUGAAAUUGCCUCGGAUGCGGAAGCAGACUCCCUGUGA